CAAAAAAAAAAGAUCUCUUUUUUACAAACCCAUCAAUGGCGACGGAUACGAUCUCGAAUCCGAGCAUGGAACAGCUGUUCUUCUCUGUAGAUCCAAUGUCUCUUAUCCUCUCUCAGAACUCCGACAUUCAUCAGCUUAAACUCUUGUUAGAUGGUUUCUCCGGUUUCGAAAGAGGUCCGAGAUACGAUGAGUACUCGAAACUUCGUGAGUCGAAGCUUCGUAUGAAACGCGAUUUUCAGAAAUUUCUCGAUGAAGAAGACGAAACAGAGACGAAGAGUAUCAAGAAACAAGUCAGAUUCGAGGGUGAUUCUGUAAUUUCACAAAAAGAUGAUAACUUUUCGCCGGAGAAGAAGAAACAGAGUAGGUUCGAGGGUAGUUCAGUAACUGAUAAAUUUUCGCCGGAGAAGAAGAAACAGAGCCGGUUCGAGGGUAUUCCAGUAAUUUCACAAAAAGAUGGAAACUUUUCGCCGGAGAAGAAGAAACAGAGUCGGUUCGAGGGUAUUUCGGUAAUUUUACAAGAAGAUGAUUACAAGUGUACGCCGGAGAAGUUGAAGAAACAGAGCCGGUUCGGUGUUUCUCAGGUGAGAAAAGCUGUGUUGCCGUCGUCGUUGGCUCAAUCGGUUCCUGAUUUCUCCGCCGUGUUACGUAAAGAGAAUCGUCGUCCGGUUAAUUACAAUAACACCACUACUACUCCGCCACCGCCGAGUUCGAAGAGUAGAAACGGCGGCGUUUUGACGGGAUCGGCUUCGAGAGGGAGCAAGUCGGCGAGUGUAGGGGAGAAGAAGAGUAAAGGUACGAUGAUGAUGGCUCGUAAGAGUUACGCUAAUGUUGAAGAUCUUAAGAAAAUAUCAAUGGCGGCUGCUUCUGCUAUUAAUAACGGCGGAGGAGGAGGGAGAAGAGCCGGUGACGGUGGUGGUCGUCGGACUAUUCUUGGUUACAAACAAAUUUACUGAUUUUGGUUUCCAAAAGAUUUGAUUUUUUUUGUUCUUUCCACGAUUUAUUGGUUUUUUAUUUGUUGGAUUUGAAUUCUUAAAAGA